AUGGACUCCUCAACCGGAUAUGCAACUUUCAUUGCAUCAUUGCUCUUAUGUCUUUCAUCGUCUCCAACACCAUUUGCAAAUGCAAGAGCCUCUCCAUUAAUUAGAAGCGUUUGCAAGCAAACCCAAGACCAAUUCGGCUACAACUACAAGCAAUGCGUAAAAUCUCUUUGGAAAGAUAUUCCAACUCGAUCAGCAUCUAAUCUCAAAGAUCUUGACACAGCCAUUCUUAAAUUAGCACUAACAAACGCACAACAAAGCAAAGCUUUCUUUGUCAAUGCGCUCAACACCACCGACAACAAUAUUGUUAAGGGCUCUGGAGCAGUAAAACAAUGUGCAGAUUCAUAUGAUUUUGCAGUAGAUGGUUUCAUUUUCUCAAUACGAGGGAUGAAAGAUAAUGACAAAUCGGUCUCCCAAAUACUCACACAAGUACAAGACGAAAUUGUUCGUUGCGGAAAAGCAUUAACCUCUACUGAAAUUGAACUUCCUUAUUUAGUAUCUUCGACAAACUUUUUGACCAUGUUAUAUAGGGAUGUUGCAUUCCUCAUUACUUCCCAGUUAUUCCAUAUCUAG